CUUAAAAUGCGAUCAUCCGUGAUUACUAAUGUGAUUGUACUGUUCGGAUUGCAUUUCUUGUAUUGGUGUUGCAACACAGUAGAUGCUAGCGGCGGGGCCCUUGAUGCGAGUUCGAACUUUCAGUCUGGCUCCACUGGAAGUUCACAUUCCAAAGUCACAGCAUUCUCCGCCACACUCACAGAUGGACUAGCACAAGCUGUGGCUCACGAAGCUGGUUCUGAUACUUGUAACGAUGACCUAGCUUGUCUUACAACAAUGGCUUCUCAUGAUCGACUAGGUUUGGAAGCUAUCAAGUCACUCCAUAGUCAACUAGAUGAUGAUGCCAAUGGAAAUGUGGACCUAUCGGAGUCAGAUGAUUUUUUAAGAGAAGAAUUACAAUAUGAAGCUGGAUAUGAAAGAAGACAAAGGGCUUUUCAUCAUAAUGAUGAUAUGCAUAUUAGUGUUCGAGAACUUUGGGAAGCCUGGUUAAGAUCAGAGGUUCAUAAUUGGACUAUAGAACAAACAUCAGAAUGGUUAUCUUCUAACGUAGAUCUUCCACAAUAUGUUCCUACUUUUAUACAACACCGUGUAACUGGUGCUACACUUCCAAGGUUAGCUGUGAACAAUAUGCAUUAUUUGACUAAUGUAUUAGGUAUCAAAGAUCCCAUUCAUAAACAAAAAAUUGCCUUAAAAGCUAUGGAUGUAGUUCUCUUUGGACCGCCAAAGGAUACUGGACAUAGUGUGAAAGAUUUGAUAUUAAUAACAUUAUUAUUUGGCGCGCUUAUUGGUUGCUGGUAUGCAUAUCAGCAGAAGAAAAAUUCACAGAAACAUCUUCACAGAAUGAUGAAAGAUAUGGAGAGUUUACAUAAAGCAGAAUUAGCAUUGGAAGACUUGCAAAAAGAAUUAGAAAGAGCACGAAUGGAACAAGAAAGUGUAACUACCGAAAAACAGAAUUUAGAAAAACGUUUACAAGAUGAAAGUGUAGGAUUACAUGCUUCUUAUUCAGAUCUUGAAGUAUCUCAAUUAAAAGCAGAAAUUGAAAUGUUAAAAGUUGAAUUGCAACGUGCAGAGGGUGAACUUGAAGAUAGAUGCUGGUCUCCUCCUCCUGGAUUGCAACAUUGGCUACAAUUAACUCAUGAAAUUGAAAAUAAGGCAUAUACGAAGAAAAAAAUAAGUGCAGAAAAACAAUUGCAACAAGCGCGAGAAGCAUGUGAAAAACUACGAAAAAAACGAUCAAGUUUAGUAGGAGCAUUUGUUUCAACCCAUGGAAAAUCGAUCGAUGAAGUUGACAAAAGUAUAGUGGAUGCAAGAACUGCAUUAAACGAAGUCACCGCAGAAUUACAAGAAAGAGUACAUCGUUGGAAACAAAUUGAGCUCUUAUGUGGCUUUAAUAUAAUCAAUAAUAAUGGUCUAAGCUAUUUAGAAACUGUUUUAUAUAGGGGGACACCUAAUGGGCGAGGUCUUGGAUUCAGAGGUCGACACAGUAGUCAAGAUGAUUUAGACGACGAAGCAAGCUCAGUGUAUUCACCUUCAUCAUGUGGUGCCGCAGGUACUAUGGACAACUUGACGUGGAAAGAAUCAUCAGUUCCACCAGACUCGUCGAGCAGCGAGACAGGAAAGGAGACACCGCCGGAGAGCAACGUGGUACACUUCACGGUUGGCGAUGGGCCGGAUGAGCCUGUCAGAUCGUCUAACAAAGAGAAAUGCGGCAUUGUCCGUUCUUACAGCCAGGACACGAACAUGCUCCUUCCUGUCGAAGACAAAACUACCUCAUCAUUCCUCUCCAAGACGUCUUACUCGGAAAAUUCGUUGGACUCGUCUAACCAGGAUCGAGGAGGGCAGCAAAGAGUUGUUCCGAAUCCAUGCACGGUCCCGGCCUCGAGCGUAACGAGCAUCAAUUCCGCGAGCGGCCAAUCAUGUUCGAAUAACAGGAAGGGGGCAUCGAAGGAGGGACAACCAACAUCGACGGUUGACGACGUCGAAACGUUAUCGACUGAUUCGAAUUCCACCAUGGACAACGACGAUCUGAAAAAACGAUCCCGCAAGAUCCUGUUUGCGUUCAAGAGGAACAAGCCAAAGGUUACGUGGUGAAGAAGAGAACCUCUCGAACCUAGUCAACGCGACAUAAUACGAUAUACGUGGUAUACUAAUCCGUAUCUGUGCAACAUUUCUUACUUAACACUGAUUACACUACGCGAUCCGAUUAGUUAUUGUUAUUAUUGGCUAUUAUCGAGCCGCGACGUGCACUUAAAAGGGGGAAAAAACAAAACAAAAAUAUACACAUACACAUACACACACAAAAGAAAAAUGAAAAAGAAAAAAAAAAUAGAAAACGAAGUUUUGUCUCCAAGAAUCGGUCGGUAAUUGAUUAGCGAUCACGCCCUGCCGAUACGUGUAAAUAAUAUGUAUACUAUGCAUCUAUCAUGUAUACACAUAUGUAUACACAUGGGAUUAGAGAAACAGAGGUAUAGCCGUGUAGAACAUCGUUGGAGGAAUUCAUCGUUAAGGACACUUUGGUCUGGAUUAUUGAUGUUGAGCCAUGGUUCGAGCCAUGAUGUUUAUAUCGAGAGAUUUAUUCAAAAUUUCAUAUCAAUAUAUUGAGAGAUUAUACACGAAAAAUAAAUAUUUAUUUUUAAACUGCGAUAUUUCAUAUGAAUUCGUGCAAUUGAAUUUAGUAGUAGUUUAGAAACUUUAAGAAAUUUCGUUUAAUUGGUCUAAUAAAUAACACUGUUGGCGUGUAUAAUUAAUGUUAAGGCUCUUUAUGCAGAAUAUUGUAAACAUUGAUCUAUGUUAAAAAGUGUGUUGAAGAAGAAACUUCAUUAUAAAAAAAAAAAAAGAAAAAAGAGAAUUGUACAGUGUGAAAAGCAUAAUGGAAUCGAUAUAUAUCAAUGAUUAAUUAUAGUAGUGUCGAAGAUUUUAUUAAUUAACGAAUAUAAAGAAAAUCAAACAUAAUGGGUAAUUUAAUGGAGAGAAAAAACGAUGUUCUACCGUGCUAUUGUUGAGUAGGAUGUUUAUAGUGUCCCGGUGUGUCUUCUGUUUUGCCAAAUAUUCGUUUUGUUCGCAAACGAGGCACCACCAAGCGACAUUCUUAUCUUAGUUAGAUUUUUUAAAUUCGCGAUGCCGAAUUCUUUAACCACGACAAUAUUCUAAUUCAGGGAUGGGCGAUCUUUAACACUGCGCUUCCGUUUUCGCGUAACGAUAGCUUUUUUUUUUUUUAAUUUUUCAAUUGUACUUUCAAUUGACUUUAUCCCGUGACAUAUUUCUUUUUUUUACUUAUUCAUUUUAUUUCAUAUAUUUAAUCAAUGCAGUCAAGUUUCAGCUUUUAAUUAGUUUCCACAAGGAUAAAAGAAUCUCAAUUCUAAGCUUAUUGCUUAUUAACUAAAUUUUGUAACAUUUGUUACGGAAA